CACUCCUACAACAUACUUGAGAUUUCUUCAGUUUUUCUUUAUGAUGGUGUGGUUGUGGAUUUUGAUUGGCCUAAAUAUCUCAGAGCUAAAAGGAUACUCACACGGUAACUUUCCACAAGCUUGUGACUCAAUGUUACCUGUGCAUGAUCAUCCUGGGGGUGUCUUUCCUCCACAAUCGUCUGAACCACCCUUUGAGGUUAUUUACGAACGUGGCAGAAUUGAAGACCCGAUCACAGUUAUACUUAAGGGCAAAGACUCAAGAAGAUUCAGAGGAUUUAUGCUGGAGGCUCGGAACAGGAACUUGGGUGGUGACGGCCCCCCAGUUGGGAAGUUUAUCACACUUGACUCUCAAAUGACUCGACUCCUGAAAUGUAAUAAUUUACCAGAUUCGGCUGUUAGUCAAAGAUUACUUGGGUACAAAUCUGAGUUCAGAGUUAACUGGACUGUGCAGGGAGAAGACCUAGACAUCAUUUUCCGGGCCACUUUUCUGCAGGAAUACGAACUUUUCUGGGAACGUGUGACUGCCAUAUUGUUCAGACCCACAAGCACCUCAGUACCAAGUACCACAGAACCAACUACUGCUGCAACCACAACUGAGUCCACAAAGCCAACAACUAUAACUGAGUCCACAGAGCCAACAACUGAGUCCGCAAAGCCAACAACUACAACUGAGUCCACAGAGCCAACAACUGAGUCCACAAAGCCAACAACUAUAACUGAGUUCACAGAGCCAACAACUGAGUCCACAGAGCCAACAACUGAGUCCACAAAGCCAACAACUACAACUGAGUCCACAGAGCCAACAACUGAGUCCACAGAGCCAACAACUAUAACUGAGUCCACAGAGCCAACAACUGAGUCCACAGAGCCAACAACUGAGUCCACAGAGCCAACAACUACAACUGAGUCUGCAACUGAGUACACAACAUCAAAUAAUACAACAAGCCCGUCAAAUAAGUCCAGAUAUUCAAAAGUGAAUCUAACUUAA